CAUCAACUCACCUCAGUUUCAUUCAUCUGAACCAUAGGUAUCAGUGACCGGUCUUAAUCCGCUGCGUCGCGAUCUCGCACCCGACCUCACCACACCCGCCGCAAUGCCAUCAGAACUAGAAGAGCUUGCCGGCUUCAUCGCCCACGCCAACCCUCAGAUUCGCCUCGCGGCCACCGAGAACCUGGUUCCGUACUCGACCUCGGACCCGGAGGUCUUCAAAGCAGACGGCCUCAAGCCCAUCAAGAACCUCAAGCUCCUCAUCAAAGAUCACCCUAAAAUCGCCGAGCAUGUCCUCACCAUGCUGGUCAACCUCUCCGGCGACCCGGAGGUACUAGCAGAACUGGUCAAGGACGACAAGUUUCUCGACGUGCUGCUGUCAUACAUCAUCGUGCGUAUGCCGACUUUUUGUUUCUCCUUGUCUAGUGUCGUCCCGCAAAAGACUCACGCGACGUAACGCUUCCCCUUCUAGCAACCGGAGGAGCCCAACGCCGACGUCCAGGCCAUGCUCCUCGCCAACCUCUCCAAGGACGACGCCUUCCUGUCCGUGCUCGACCGCACGCAAAAGGCGCCCGCGGAGCUGAGCUCGUCGGAGCGCGUCAUCGACCAGUUCAUGGACCUGUUCGUCAAGGGCCAGGACGGCGGCUACAACAAGGCCGCCAACUUCGACUACCUGGCGUACGUCCUGGCCAACCUGUCCAAGCACGAGCGCGUGCGGCAGUACUUUUCCUCGCCGCAGGACUACGACGGCGUCGUGCCCCUGGGCAAGAUCAAGGUCUUCACCGAGCACAAGUCGGACGUGCGCCGCAAGGGCGUCGCCAGCACCAUCAAGAACGCCGCCUUCGACGUCGCCUCGCACCCCUCCUUCCUGUCCGAGUCGGGCGUCGACAUCCUCCCCUACGUCCUCCUGCCCAUCACCGGCAACGAGGAGUACGACGUCGACGAGGCCCUCGCCAUGCUGCCCGACCUGCAGCUCCUGCCCCCCGACAAGCGCCGCGACCCGGACCCGGCCGUCGUCCAGACCCACGUCGAGACGCUGACCCUGCUGACCACGACGCGCGAGGGCAGGGACCUCAUGCGCCAGGUCAAGGUCUACCCCAUCAUCCGCGAGACCCACGCGCGCGUCAACGACGAGGGCGUCAGGGAGGCCUGCGACCGGCUGGUGCAGGUGCUGAUGCGAGACGAGGAGGGCGAGGGUAAGAGCGAGGCCGAGAUGCUGGCGCACAUGGGGGAGAACCCUCGCGUGCGGGAGAUUGAGGCCGACGAAGAUGAUGAGAUUGUCGAGGUAUAACAGGAAGAAGGGGGGGGGGGGGGGCAAACGACUCGACACGGAAACGCACGCGGUGGGACGGGAUAUGAACUGACGUUGGGAUGAUCAUUAAAAAAAUUGUAUAAAGAAACCGGGCAGCCGAUCAUACGUGAUUUCGGCAUGAGGCGUAAAACAUCGCCAUAUUAACAGACUUAUGGCUUGACGGCCCCUUUGUGGCCAGGCGAU